AUGGGUGAAAAGUCAGUUAGUGAAACCGAAACUCACACCAGCUGGAGUGUCCGCGUAGCCGUUACGUAAAAACCAAUUUAAACAACAGGUAAUAAAUGCCAGUUUAGGAAAUGCGUAACAAGUAGAAUAACAAUAAAAAUUAUUGUUUAAAAAUAUGGCAAAGGACUACCGCACCGCCACGCCCUAGUGUUGGCACUUUUUAUGGGUACGCAUCCCCGAUAACGCUUGCAAGACUCCUAUCUCCAAAUUGGCCCAACGAAUCUAUCCUCUGGUGCGAUUUUGGGGGCAAGCCCUAAACCUAACAUGAACCCAAACACCAACCAUAAUCCCAAGUCUCUGGCUGUCGUCACAAAUGACUAGAGAAGCCGUCCAGAAAACUGAUUAAUGCUUGUAGAAAAUAAACCUCUAUGACCUGCGACAGUCACUAACGUAAGACAAACUCUUCUGUGGGGGUAAAAUAUGGACAUCAGAGUCCCUUGUUAGCGCUACUUUAUUUGGGCUGCGGGGUGCCACGCCUGCCUGGCCGGAAAUCCUUGCGGGAGUCACUCAGAUGGAAUGGAUGUGUAGUACAACGACAUAAGUCAAUGUAAACAAAGUAUCUGGACCGAAAAGAUUCCUUUAUCUGCACAUGACAAGCAAAUAUGCUGCAGCUGCAUGGUCUAGACGUUGGGGUUUCGUCCUCUGUUAACCUAUCCGUGUAAGUUAUUCGCAAGGGUAAAGAAUCGAGGUGUAUAUGUAGUCUAAACUACUUAUAAGACGACUGUCUACGAAACAGGAGUCGUUGGGUGGAAUGUACGCACCAAUUUUUGCCUUUUAUGCUGCGAUUCAACUAUUUAUAAGGCAAACCGACAGUGGUACCAACGUCACAGGUAGCUAGUUCAAUCUCCGUAACCUUUGAUGAUAGUUUUGGAAACAUCCUUUGCCGAAGAUAGCACGUUAAGACUCGGUCCUCAUAACUGUCGUCAGAGUUCACGAAGACAAAUUAACGGAUGGACUGCUUUUGUCCUUACUAGGCGUUAGGUCUCGCUGUCCAGUCUUGACUGGGUAGGACAUAAUGAAGGGGUUGGAGACCUGUUCACCAGACCGGAGGUCCCGAUUUCUGAACGUCCUCUAUCUGUCUUGCUUCCAGCCCGCACCACUGUGCACGUGAGGAUAAAGUUCAAACUUAAUUGCAGGGUGUGGACAGCGAUCGAGAAAAUUGAGUCCCCCCACCCCUGCACCACUAGUUACCUUUGUGACCUGUAUAAUUGCAGGACCUCUUGCGACGUGUAAUCUGAUAAACCACACGGGACCGGCCGUUGGCAUGUGAGUCUGCCGUCCGCAGGGCGCGUUCUGUUAGUCUUUUCCGUUAAUCCCCUACAGUGGGCGCUUGUACAGACCGAAAAGCCGAUACAAAUGCACCAAUUACCCCAUGGCUUCUCUACCUAUAUCCCAGUCAGCUGAUUGCGCACGUCGACCAGUUCAUUCGAAGGCGCAACCGACCCCCAUCGGGGCGCCAACACGCAACACAGGAGGCCGCCUACAUUCACAAACAACGACCAGAAGGCCAAGGCGACGAAAGAAGAAAAUCCACCGGCCCAAGGCCAACUGAUUCGGCCGAUUGUUCAGAAUUCUGGUCGAUUUCCUACACAAGCCGUCCGAAACGACAGUCACCCAAUUCCACUGAUCCGGUGAGCCCUUCGUAUUUCCUAGAAUAUCGGCCUGGAUUUCCCACAUCUGCUAACCUGGGAUUCAAGUUGUUUCCUUCUCAUUGAAGAGGAGGAGGAGGAGGAGAAGAAGACGACGAGGAAGAAGAAGAAGAAGAAGAAGGAGGAGGAGGAGGAGGAGGAGGAGGAGGGGGAGGAGGUGGAGGUGGAGGAGGAGGAAGCAGGCCAGGUAUAACAGGUUUUAUUGCGCUCAAUUCCAGGCAGGGUGUGUCUUAUUAGCGUGUUAUAACGCUAACCAUCCUAAGCCCAAUCCUAGUAAUCCCAUCCCGACUGACCGUGGCAAUAACCCCAACCCUAGUCCCCCACAAUUUUGCGCAACGCCACCUGUAAUAGGGGAGUUCUAUACCCCUGUGACCUACCUUCGAAGCAUCCACUGUUGUGCAGGCUACAAAGGGAGCUCGCGUGUCGGAAACCAGUUAAGCUACCUGGACUUUUUCAGUGUCCAGGUGCACGUGGUCGGCAAGACUGGACAACCUUUACUGCUGAGGGAGUGCGUGCAUAAAGGCACCGCAAGCACUCGGCGCGAAUGCGCUCUCCAGGCGAGUUGUGUUGUCUGUAUGUUAUCAGUGACAAAGACAAGGGAGACUGAAAUGGCCAUUUCUGGCUUAUUAGCCGUUGUCAGCCAGUCAUACUCAAGCCCGAAGUGUGGAGCAUCCGAGGCUCGAACCCGCGACCUGUUGGUCAGCCUGUGCUGAAGUACUUGACUACUUGACCUUUGACAAUCUUGUCACGUUUGUUUUACUGUAGCAUUUGUUUUAACGUGACGAGGACUCCGCCGCUUGUAAGCUUCGCGCCGCUUGCAUGCUCUCUGGUCAGGUCGUUGAACAUUUUGAAUAUUAACUUUAUUCCCUUACUGGCCUUCCUUACCUCUUUCCGUUUAUGAGGUUAGUAAGCCGUAGUUCGUUAGUUCGCGGGAACGACAUAACUUACGUCAUUGGUGACUCCCGACGUUAGCGCAGACUUAAGUUCUCUCCUUCUUUCCGCCAACAUUACGAAGGAGUUGUCGAAAUACCACAAACUUGUGGAGGUUAUCCCUGCCAAUAUUAUCUCACAAGUUCAACCCUUGUUAGUGAAACCCCCUGCAGACGCUCCCUAUUCUGCUCUGAAGGCGGAAAUCCUUCGUCUCAAUGCUGUAUCUGACCGACAACGCUAUCACCAGUUGAUCAAGGAGGAAUCACUGGGCGACCGAAAGCCCUCAGAACUUCUCCGACGAAUGCUUACUCUCUUAGGAGACAUACAGGUCGACGAGAAACUCGUUAAAGAGAUGUUUCUAGAGCGGCUGCCUGCAGAUGUCCAAACGAUUUUGGCAUCCGGCUCGCACGACCUUACACUUUCACAUCUUGCUGAAAUGGCAGACCGAAUGAUAGAGGUUCAACGGUUCCAGCCAUUGGUUUAAGUCGAUCAUUCUCCUGGAUAUUUGUGAUUGCCGAUGUGCCUCAUGCGAUCCUUGGUUCCGACUUCCUAGCCGAGUUUGAUCUCCUUGUUGACUGUCGGCGUUUCUGUCUCCUCGACCGCACAACUGGUCUUUCUGUCCGCGGUCUUACACCCUUUAAUGACUCCUGCAAUUUAUCUGUUCUGGACACAGGUAUUGCUUGCCCAUACCGAGACCUGCUCCUCCAACACCCCAACAUAACCAAACCCCAGUUUCGCAGUGGUGAGAUCCAGCAUGACGUUGUCCACCACAUUCGCACCUCUGGCCCCCCCGCAUUCGCACGGCCUAGACGACUGGCUCCGUCCCGUCUGCAAGCGGCGAAGGCUGAAUUUGAGCACAUGCUGCAACUGGGCAUAAUUCGCCCGUCCGAGAGUCCAUGGGCGUCCCCUCUGCAUAUGGUGCCCAAGGCGACAUCAGACGACUGGCGGCCCUGUGGUGACUAUCGCGCCCUCAACAAUGCGACCAUCCCGGAUCUUUAUCCCUUCCCUCAUCUUCAAGAUUUUGCUGGAGCUCUUUUCGGCAAAUCGGUUUUCUCGAAGACUGACCUUGUUCGGGCCUUCCAUCAGAUUCCUGUCGCUCCUGAGGAUGUUCCCAAAACUGCCGUCACCACACCAUUCGGCCCGUUCGAAUUUAUUCGCAUGCCAUUUGGUCUUCGCAGUGCUGCCCAAACAUUUCAGAGGUUCAUUGACCGAGUCUUACGUGGUCUCCCGUUUGUGUACGCCUACAUUGAUGACCUCUUGGUGGCCAGUCGAAAUGCCGAAGAACACAAAGAGCAUCUUGCCUUAGUGUUUGACCGCCUCGAUCAGUUUGGCGUGGUCAUUAACCCUUCGAAGUGUGUUCUGGGUGUGCCGUCCCUUGAUUUUCUUGGCCACAAUGUCGAUGCACACGGUUUGCGUCCCCUCUCUUCCAAGGUUAGGGCCAUUCGUGACUUUCCUCCACCAACCUCCAAGCGUCAGUUGCAACGUUUCCUUGGAAUGGUAAACUUUUAUCGCCGGUUCCUACCGAACUGUGCCGACCUUAUGCUGCCACUCACCAACUUUCUCUCUGGUCCCAAGGGUUCCCUUGAGUUACGUGGCCACGCGCUGACUGCUUUUGAGAGAAUAAAGACCUCCCUUGCUGAUGCUACCUUGCUCAUUCAUCCUGCUCCAUAA